AUGGAUCUAGAGGAUGACACCACGGUGUUUGCAACCCUCAAGUCCUUCAACUCCUUCAUAUCCCGUCCUGAUCCUCCACAGCGUCUGUCAGAGCAGGCAGCUGCGGGUGCCGGCCUGCAGAUGCAGUACAAACGCAGCAUGGAGUUGUUAGAGGCAGCAGAGAAGCUUCACUCCAAGAAUCAGUAUCUCCAGCUGGACCAGGAGAAGAGGCAGAUGGAGCUGAGUCACAAGAGAGCUCGUUUUGAACUGGAGAAGGCCGCCUCUGACAGCGCACGCGACUUUGAGCGUGAGGUGGACCGGAACCAGGAACUCUUGGGGAGAAUAAAACGUCUAGAGGAGCGAGAGGCAGAGUCAGCGAAGAGCCAGUCAGAGCAGGUGGAGGCAAACCGAGCUCUCCGCAAGAAACUGGAGGGCCUGACCCAGAAACUGGAGGAACGAGACUCUACACUGGAAACUGCUAACCAGACCAUCAGUGCGUUAAAGGAUGAGAUUAGAGAGUUGAAGCAGAAGAUUCAGAACCAGGAUGCCACCAUUUCCACUCAGACUCUUGAAAACCAGGCACUGGAGGAACAGCUGGACUUACAACGCAGGAAGUACCAGGAAGUGUCUCAGCUUUGCCAAAGUCUCCAGUCUGCCCAGUCCUCCUGCUCUGAGCACAUCAUCAAGAUCAAGGAGUUGGAGAGGCGUCUCGCUCUCCAGGAGCAAGACGUUGUUAUGGUGCGGACUAUGAAGUCAGAGGUGGCCAGGGUUCCAGAUAUGGACAAGGAGUUGAGGCGUCUCAGAGAAGACAACGCCUACCUCAGGGAAAGCAGAGAGAACAGCAGCUUGCUGAAGGAGGAGGUAGAAGGGCUGAGGAGGAAACUGGAGAGGAUGGAGAGAACCAAGGAGGAGCUGGUCAACAUGGAACUGGAGAAAGAGAGGCUGUGUGAGAAGCUCCAGGCCUGGGAGAACCUGGGACAAUCGACUGGACUCAACAUAAGGAAACCCGAAGAUCUGUCCAGGGAGGUGAUUCAGAUCCAGCAGAGAGAAAUUGCUCUGAAAGAACAGAACUACACACUCACCAGCCGUGUGAGGACUGUGGAGCGAUCUCAGUCUGAGCUUCAAGGAGAGCUGGCCCAGCAGCGCAGCAAGGCUCUGGAGGAGCAGAAGAAGAGAGAGUCGCAAGAUGCUCUUGUCCGUCGACUGCAGAAGAGAGUGCUGCUGCUGACCAAGGAGCGUGACGGAAUGCGUUCCAUCCUCGAGUCCUACGACAGCGAGCUGGCACCCACUGAGUACUCUCCCCAGCUCACCAAACGUCUGCGAGAGGCAGAGGACAUACUGCAGAAGACACAGAGCCACCACGCAGAGAUGGAGGUCCAGCUGACCAAAGCACAGGAAGAGACAGGAGCCCUCAAACUGCAGCUCCAAACAGUGGAGUUGGAGCUGGAGUCUGUUAAGAAGCAGCAGGCUUCUGCUGCCGAGAGCAACUCUUUAGUGACCAAAGAGGAGGUCAGCACUCUCAGGCUGAAGAUUGAGGAUUUGGAGGCGGAGAGACAGCGUCUGGAGGAGCAGAACAGCAUUCUGGAGAUGAGACUGGAGAGACACAACCUCCAGGGAGACUAUGAUCCAGUCAAGACCCAAGUCCUCCACUUCAAGAUGAACCCCACCAGUGUUGCUAAGCAACAGCGCCAGCAGGAAGUGGAGUCUCUUCGGGAGGAAGUGAUUCGUUUGAGGGAACAUCUGCGCUCCUUGCAGGACGGAGGCGCACUGGUUCAUGCACAAGAUGACUCCAGCAUGCCUGGCUCAAGCCUCUGCCUCAGUUUACCACCAUCACAGGAGGUGCUGGACUUACGUAAGCAGAUGGAGAGCUCUGAGCUGAGGAACCAGAGGCUUAAGGAAGUGUUUCAGAGGAAGAUCCAGGAGUUCCGCACCGUCUGCUAUGUCCUGACCGGCUACCAGAUCGAUAUCACCACCGAGAACCAGUACAGACUGACCUCCGUCUAUGCAGAGCACAUGGAUGACUCCCUGCUCUUCAAAAAGGGCUCCAGUGGAAGCAUGCAGCUCAUGGAAACCGAAUUCUCCAAGACUCUGGGAGAGAUGGUGGCCCUGCAUCUGCAUCACCAGAAGAGCAUCCCAGCAUUCCUCUCUGCAGUGACCCUUGACCUCUUCAGCCGGCAAACCGCUGUCUGAUUUUUUUUUUUUUUUUUUUUUUUUGAGACCAUCUCUCACCCGCAGCGCUAAAAUUCUUGAUGUGAUUUUUUUUCCCCUCCUUUUUCUUUCUUUCUUUCUCUCUUUUUUUGUCACUUGCUGUCUCUCUCUUAAGAUGUGAACAAAGUGAUCAAAAUAGCCUUGUAUUUCUCAACACAUCUGACACAGCCAGAGCAGUGCAGUGUUGUGUUGCAUGAGCGCCUGGUUUUGACAGAACGCACCGUUUUGCUUUGACAUCACAACAGUUGAGAAAGCUUCAUGUAUUCCUACUUGAAUUCUGAAUAUUUCAUCAAUUUUACUUUAAAUAAUACAAUAUUUUUUAGCAAAAUGAUGCUGUUGUGAAAUGGUGACACAUGAAAACUAUUGACAUACAUGUAGGGUUUGGAACAUGUUUUUAACUGUGAGAGUUUGAAAUAAACUAAAUUUUCCCCCA